AUGAUGACCGUGAUAGUUUGCUCGAUGGAAAUGACGUACCCGGAUGUUUUGGUUCCAAAAUGCGCGGCAUGCAACUGUCGUUUGGGCGAGGUCGGUUCGACGCUGUUCCUCAAGAAAGACCUUAUUCUGUGCAAAACGGACUACCUACGUAUUUUUGGUGUCAAGGGAAGAUGUGCGGCUUGUGGCAAAGACAUUCCGGCAUGCGAGAUGGUGAUGCGUGCCAGCAACAACGUCUACCACUUGGAGUGUUUCGGCUGCCAGGACUGCCACUGCCGGUUCUGUGUCGGCGAGCGCUUCUACCUCGACCUGGACAACAACAAGAUCCUGUGCGAGGACGACUACAAGGAGCGGCUGCUGUUCGCCCAAAUGGCCACAUACCCAUACGGUAGCUGGGACCAACUGAAACGGGAGAUCAGCCAGAAGCUGGAGGACAUGGACGAAGUGGCAAAGGUAUGCGACGACGACGGUCGUCAUCCACGUUGCCUACCGUUCGCUUCUCGACCGAGUACUCGUAGUCCGUUUCAGGUGCAGAGCUUGCGCAGGUGA